AUGGAUCCCCGAGAGAAUGGACCCGACCAUUACGCCAUAUCUCCAAGUCAUUAUCACCAGUACGCCCAACCACCGGCGUACUCGACAUGGAGAUAUGACCAGGACCACAUCUACGGAGAUGUAAGAACAAGUUUUUCGUGGGAACGUCCACCUGAUCGCCCCGAGAACGACCAAGAGACUCGAGGCAGAGGGUUGGAGCAGCAGUCGGAGCUUGAGCGGGACACAUCACGGUCGACCAGUCCGGCCGGAUCGUACUACCCGUCGGCUUCGGCUUAUAGUGACAACGAAUUGUAUCCAUGGCAACCCGGAUUUGUCAAACAGUUCCCUUAUAUGGGAUUGGUGCCUUUGUUGUUGAGCAUAGCUUGCACCGUUGUCGCUAUAUCUAUUAUACUUGUGAGCAAUGACAAGCUUGUGAACGACUGGUCCGGAGUCAUGCAGCCUAGCGUCCUCCUAGCCUAUAGCUCGACUGUAGCAAAUACCCUGCUGGGAUUUUCUUUUGUAUAUGGUUGGGUCACGCAGUUCUGGGUACGAGCUGUCAGCGGUCGGAUGCGUUUGACGGACUUGUACUAUCACUAUGAAGGAGCGACGAGUGUUUGGGGAGCCAUCACCUCCCUAGCUCGAGGCAGAGUUGCUCGUGUCAGUUUGGUAAGCUAUGAUUUGAAGGUGAAUGGGGGAAACGCCACUUUUGUCUCGGAUAGCUGGACAGGGGAUUCCAUCGUGAAACCAGUCAAGCAUAGUGACCCAGGCCAACUGCCCAAAAUCGAGUUCCUUUCGCAAUCUGCCAGCCAGCUCUGGGACGCCCAAAUCACCAUGGCUAUGGGGUCCAUCCGUAUAACACCCGAGAGUCCCAGAGAGUACCUCGUCAUGUCCGACCCUCUCCGCAAGGGGCUGGCCUCUUUCAUCUACUACAACCAAGAACCCGGCAAUUACGACCUGUGCAGCGCAACCUUCGACGAUCCAAUGGACGAUGUUUUCAAGAGCUUCCGCGAACUGGUACUCCGCCUGGCCAUCGUGGACGCGGUGGAAUGGAAUGCCUUUGCUGCGCUCACCAAUUCGGCCACCAACAAAACAACCCUACCGCUCGCGCGACAAACCGUCCCCUACCAAAGCAACCAGGUUCGCGUGCUCUAUGCCGCUCAGAUUCCCGCUCUCGUUCUUGCUUCAGUUAUUAGCCUCCUUGGUCCGCUCGCGACCAUCUUUUUGUUUUGGGGGUGGUGGAAUCUGGGAAGAGAUUUUUCGAUGAACCCGCUGGAGUUGGUGAAUGCGUUGCUUGUGCGGGAGACUGGAAUGGGGACGGAAAAUGGGGCGGGAAUGGGGAUGUCGGCUGAUUCUGCCCCUGACGCUGUGAACGGACAACGACAAGGGCACCAAAGUUAUCAGGAUUGCCAUUCUCAGCAGCAGCAGCAGCAGGUUGAACUCAACCUGGCUAACCUGCCGCUACUUCUCAGUGGAAGCAGUAAUGCUUCGCGGGCGCAGGUGGUUAACCAUGUGAGAAGGAGAAUACGGGGCACAAGAGACGGCGAGGUUGGUAAGGAGGAGGAUGGACAUGGUAAGGGGAAUAAUAUUGCUAAUAUGAUUGAGGUUGAGGCUGGAAGUAGCAGUGAUAAUAAUCGAAGUAGUGGUGGGAGUAGGAAGGGGAGGAGCAGGAUGAGGGAGCCAAUUAUUCAGUACGGGGUGUUGGAUAGUACGGGACGCCUGGGGUUUGCGGUUGCUGAUGCGGGAGGAGUUAUACGCGCGAGGUAUCCGCGGAGGGGGGAGAUGUUGUGA